AUGAUCAGAGCAUCCUUACCAUUGAAGAGAUUUCACUCCGCUCGGCCACUGUCGACGCCUUCAUUCCAAACAGCGCCAGCUCAGGUUUCUUUCCGAGGCUUCUCCCAUCUUCAGCAGAGGGCUCUCUCGAUAUCAGCAGCCCGUUACCAGGACCCAAAAGUUGCUCAGCCGACACUCAGCACACCCAGUGAAAUCGCCAGGAAGAUCAGUGCCUCAGUCUUACCCAAGAUCGAUAAGCCUGAUGUCAAGAAAGUCUUGGUCGUCGGAAGUGGUGGGUUGAGCAUCGGACAGGCUGGAGAAUUUGAUUAUUCUGGUUCACAAGCCAUCAAAGCUUUAAGGGAAUCAAACAUCGAAACAAUCUUGAUCAAUCCCAACAUCGCAACUAUUCAAACGUCUCAUCAUUUAGCUUCAGAGGUCUAUUUCUUGCCCGUCACCGCUGACUACGUGGCAUGGGUUCUGGAGAAGGAACGACCUGACGGAAUUCUCCUAACAUUCGGUGGCCAGAGUGCCCUAAACGUCGGAAUUCAAUUAGACAAAAUGGGUAUAUUGGAACGAUUAGGCGUCCAGGUCCUGGGUACACCGAUCCAGACCUUGAUUGUCAGUGAAGAUCGUGACUUGUUUGUAAAGGCUCUUAAUGAAAUCGAUAUCCCUGCAGCCCACUCAACAGCUGUCUCAACUAUCUCUGAUGCUUUGAACGCUGCAAAAGAAAUUGGAUACCCAGUCAUCUUACGAUCCGCCUUUUCUCUCGGAGGACUCGGCUCGGGCUUUGCUCAGAAUGAAGACGAGUUACGUGAUCUUAGCGCCAAGAGUUUAUCAUUAAGCCCUCAGGUCUUGAUCGAAAAAAGUCUGAAAGGGUGGAAAGAAGUGGAGUACGAAGUAGUGAGAGACGCUGCAGACAACGUUAUCAUCUGCUGUAACAUGGAAAAUUUCGACCCACUGGGAACCCAUACCGGCGACUCAAUCGUAGUUGCGCCAUCGCAAACUCUUUCUGAUGACGAUUAUCACAUGUUGAGGUCUGCUGCAAUCAAAAUUGUCAGGCAUGUUGGUGUUGUUGGAGAAUGUAACGUGCAGUAUGCACUGAAUCCACACAAGCGUGAAUACAUGGUCAUUGAAAUGAAUGCCCGUCUGUCGCGAUCAAGUGCCCUCGCAUCCAAAGCCACUGGAUAUCCUCUGGCUUAUACCGCAGCAAAGAUUGCACUCGGACAUACUCUUCCCGAAUUACCCAACGCUGUAACGAAAACUACCACGGCCUGUUUCGAACCUUCUUUAGAUUAUGUUGUAACGAAAAUUCCCAAGUGGGACCUGAAGAAGUUCCAAUACGUUAAUCGUGAGGUCGGAUCAGCCAUGAAAUCCGUUGGUGAAGUAAUGGCGAUUGGACGGACGUUUGAAGAAAGUAUCCAGAAAGCCAUCCGACAAGUUGAUCCAAACUACCAGGGCUUUGAAGCAUACCACAAGCCAGAGGAUCUCGACCAUGCUCUCUCAGUUCCUACAGACACCCGACUGUUUGCGGUGGCUUAUGCGAUGCUGGUUGAAAACUACUCCGUUGCGAAAAUCUACGAGCUGACCAAGAUUACCAAAUGGUUCCUGUACAAGUUAGACAACAUCGUUCAGUGCCACCGCAAACUCAAAAGUCUCCAGUCUCUCGAUCAACUCGACGAGGAGUUGAUUCGUGCGGCCAAGAAGCUGGGAUUCUCCGAUCGACAAAUUGCGGAUCUCGUUGGUAGCACGGAAGAUCUAGUUCGGGUCAAACGUCAAUCUCUGGGUGUCAAACCUUUUGUCAAGCGCAUAGAUACCUUGGCAGCCGAAUACCCCGCACAUACCAACUACCUUUACACCACCUACCAUGCCACAGAGCACGACUUGGAGUUUGACGAACACGGCACAAUGGUUCUGGGUAGUGGUGUCUAUCGAAUUGGAUCAUCUGUAGAAUUUGACUGGUGUGCGGUCACAUGUGUCCGCAAGGUCCGUGAAAUGGGCAAACGAACGGUGAUGAUCAACUACAACCCCGAGACCGUUUCGACAGACUUCGACGAGGCUGACCGGCUAUACUUUGAAGAACUGGGCUACGAGCGGGUGAUGGAUAUAUAUGAGCUAGAGUCUGCUCAGGGUGUCAUUGUUAGCGUCGGAGGCCAGCUUCCCCAAAACAUCGCCCUCCGACUCAAGCAGAACGGUGUGAAGGUUUUAGGUACUGAUCCAGACAUGAUCGACAACGCUGAAGAUCGACACAAGUUUUCUUCUACCUUGGAUGCCGUUGGAGUUGACCAACCUGAUUGGGUUGAGGUCACCAGUCUUGAAUCUGCUGUCAAAUUCGCGGAUGACGUAGGAUACCCCGUCUUGAUCCGACCCUCUUAUGUCCUGUCAGGCGCGGCCAUGAAUGUUGUUUGGGACCGAACCACGUUGGAACAUUCGCUGACAGCUGCAGCAGAGAUAUCAUCUGAGCAUCCUGUGGUGGUUACCAAGUUCAUCGACGGAGCUCAGGAAAUUGAUGUCGAUGCCGUUGCUCACAAGGGCGAGUUGAUCGUUCAUGCCAUCUCUGAACACGUAGAAAAUGCCGGUGUCCACUCUGGGGAUGCCACACUGGUGUUGCCACCCUUCACCCUGUCCGACCAGGAAAUGGCACGAUUAAAGGAAAUUUCUCAGAAAGUUGCGAAAGCCCUAAAUAUAUCCGGACCCUUCAACAUGCAAAUCAUCAGGCAAGAAUCCGAACAGCCCGAUGGGGAAAGCCGACUGAAAGUAAUCGAAUGCAACUUGCGAGCUUCGAGGUCCUUCCCAUUCGUCAGUAAAGUACUGGGUGCCAACUUCAUCGACAUUGCGACGGCUGCCAUCUUGGGAGAACAAGUACCCAAGCCCAUGGAUUUGAUGGCAGAAAAGCGAGACUAUUGUGCCAUCAAGGUACCGCAGUUCUCCUGGACUCGUUUGGCAGGAGCCGAUCCAUUCUUGGGUGUUGAAAUGGCAUCGACCGGAGAAGUCGCAUCCUUUGGCCGGGAUGUACACGAGGCUUACUGGGCUUCGCUUCUGUCGACCAACGGCUUCAAGCUCCCCAAGCAGAACUCUGGCAUCUUGAUUGGAGGUGACACCACUCAACCCGAGCUGAAGUACUGUGCAGAAAUGUUAUCGAAACUCGGUUUCAAGCUGUAUUGUUCAUCGCCCGAAGUUGAAUCGUUUUUCGAAUCGCUCAAGGCUCAAGAUCCUAUCGGAUCGUCGAUCAUUCCUGUCAAACGGAUCGAAUUCCCCAAGCGGGAUAAGAGAAAAUUGCGUGAGGUGUUUGAAGAAUACGAAAUUCAAUGUGUCAUCAACCUCGCCAAACAAAGAGGACGAGAUGUCCUGGAUGAAGAUUAUGUGGCUCGUCGAAACUCAGUCGAUUUUGGGCUUCCGUUGAUCAACAACAACAAAUGCGCCCGACUGUUUGUCGAAGCCCUCGCAAAGAAAAUGCCGCAAGGCGGAUUGGAACCCUACACUGAAGGAAAGAUCCCCUCCGAAGUCCGCAGUUGGAGUGAAUUUGUUGGACUUUCGAAAGAUAAUCGACCGGUCUGA